UGAAGGAAAAAUGCGUAAUGAAAAAGAAUAUUUUCAGAGAAGAUGUAGAUUUUGUUCUGGAUGUGGAACAAGAGGCGAUUGAAAGAGGAUCGUAUGAUUUCUUAAGAGAAGAGAAUUGUGUGGAAGUCAUUGCUCCUCUUUUCAGACGCUUCUUAUCAUCCUUCCAGGAAUCAAUUAUACCGAAUAAGAUUGCUGAUGUAAUGAGAUUCACUACAAAGAGUCUCGUUGAUGCCAAACUAAGAAUUGUUAUUGAUGAGCUGAACGAACUUCCGAUAGAAAACAAACACAUUAUCAACGAAGUUUUGAAAAUAGCAAAAGCCAUUUAUGACAAAAGAGCACAGAAAAAUUGGAAGGAUCAAGUGGCUCUACUGCGAAUAGUAGAUUCAUGCUUCACCAGAGUAGAUCACUUGACAAAAGCGCAAAUUAAAAGCAUACAAACCAUUAACUACCCGAUGUUGGCUCGCUUCAUUGAAAAUUGGGGUGUCAACAUAUAUUUUGAUGAGUUCAACCAUCGAGGCGUUAGACGCAUGGUUCUAGUAUGCACAAAUUUGUUCUAG